CUUGAAGAUGCACAAGGCAGCAAGCCCAUUCGUUCUGAAAUCAAAUGCACGUGUGUACGGAAUCUGCCUUGGUCCUACUCCUUGGAUGGAUGCCGCAGGCGCACAAGCAAUUGAUCAAGCCUCAGUGGACGACGACGACGACGAUGAUGAUGAUUGAGCGCAUUUCGCGAUUGGUCCGGAUCGCCUCCGAUCUAUCUACUCACCACCGGCCGGCCGGUGGCGAGCAAGGGCAGCCAUGUGAUGCGAGAAGUCAGUCAAAUGCUAAUUAAGGAGCUGUUUGGUGAUCCACUGGCUUCACCAAUUUGAGGAUCUGCAGAGCAUCUAUUCUUCCGCGCCGGCACUUUUAACUAGCGCUCCGCCAACUCCGGGAGCGAGAGUGGAGCGGGGAGGGCCGAACAGGCCCUAAGUUUCUUAAUCUUAAGCCUUGAAGAAAAUUGACGAUAACACAUACGCUAGUUUGUUCGUUAAAUUAAUUAUUGUUGCAGCUAGCUAACAUGUGUGCUUGUCUGGUCUGGCGCGAGCGACGGUGCCGUCCGAAGCCUAUUUUGGAACCGGGCUAGCUCCCUUUCCACUCCUUGCAUAGCGGAAAUGCGGAGCGUCUUACCAGCAGCAGCAACAGGGGAGGGGAAAGGGGAGGAGCGGGUUGCAUCUCGGCAUGUUGGCAUGCAUCAAGCAAUACGUCAAGAAGGCGUGACACGGAGUCGGGCGGUGGUCAAAGUAAAUGGGCAUCCAUUCAUCCAUGGACGGACGCCAUCUCCUGCCUGUAUCGUGCUGCUGAUGAUGGGGAUGUUGUAGCUCUGCUUGAAACAAUCGCGGCUUGGCUUGACUUGACUUGCAAUUGAAAAACACGGCAUGCGUCCCGGCUCACUCACUCCAGAAUUAGAAAGGAUUCACCUGGCUGGCAGGCGGACCGUCGGCCAUCUCCCUCCCCGCUUCCCUUCAUGGCUUCUUCGUCCGCGCGCGCGCGCGCGCCAGUUGGCGUCGCGUGCUCCCCUCCCCAUGCCAUGAUCCCACCACCAUUGUGUUGUGCCCCACACGUCGUCCGUUGACGCAAUUAGGGUGACGCUUCCCCCCUCCUCCUUCUUCUUCCCCGCCGCAUGCUCCAGCGGCCCAGGAUUCAUCUGUUGACGCAUAUAUCCGUCCAUACAUCGGAGCUCUGUCCUCCUAUCCUACGUACGGUCCUGCUUGAUCCCCCCAUCGCUGCCAAGAUUGGCUCUAGCUGGCGGGAGGGACAAUCGAUCGGCGACGACGGUCGGUCGGCCGGUCUCCAAUGACGACGGCGCGGCAGUGGUGGCAGCGCGCGGCCGCGGCGGCCAAGGACAAGAAGAGCCUGUGCCUGACGCGCGCGGCGGGGGCGCUGCGCUCGCCGGCCAGGGUCAGGGGCGGCGCGGCCGAACUGGACGCGGCGGUCAUCCGCGCCACCAGCCACGACGACCGCUUCGUGGACCGCGGCGCCGCGGCGCGGGUGCUGGACCUGGCGCGCGCGUCCUCGCCGUCGCCGCUCGUGUGGGCGCUGGCGCGCCGCGCGGGCCGGACGCGCUGCUGGGCCGUGGCGCUCAAGGCGCUCAUGCUCGCGCACCGCCUGCUCCUCCUCGCGCAGCCCCGCGCCGGCGGCCGCGUGCCCUUCGACCUCGCCGACUUCCGGGACCGCUCCUCGGCCGGCCUCUCCGCCCUCGUGCGCGCCUACUUCCGCUUCCUCGACGCCCGCUCCCUCUUCGCCGCCGAGGAAGACGACGACGCCGGCGCCGAGGACGAGGAGACGCGCCUGCUGGACCGCGUGUCCAGGCGCCAGCACCUGCUCGACCUGCUCAUGCAGAUCCGCCCCUACGGGGACGGCAUGGAGCGGCAGAGCCUCGUCCUCGACGCCAUGGAAUGCGCCGUCGUCGAGAUCUUCGACGUGUACGGCCAGGUGCGCGCCGGCAUCGCCGAGUACCUCGUCGCCGCCCUCGGGGGCUCGGCGCCGACCGCGCCGGCACCUCGGCCUCGGACGGGAGAGACCGUGGCGACGGCGAGGCGGCGCAGGGCCAUGCAGGGGGUGCGGGUGCUGCGGAAGGAGGCGGAGCAGAGCGCACUGGUGUCGUCCUACUUCGAGCUCUGCCAGACCCUCGGCGUGCUCAGCGCCGCCGAGUUCCCGGCCGUGGAGCGCGUCCCGGACCACGACAUCAGGGAUCUCGAGAAGCUCAUCAUGGCCGACGUCGAAGACGGCGGCUGUACGGUGGAGCAGGACAACGAAGCGAAGGCGCUGGUGGUCCCCAUGGAGGGCGCCGGCGUGGCGUCGACGACGGUGGCCACGAAAGAGUGGAUGGUGUUCGACGACGAUGCGGGUACCGGCGUUAGGCAAGGGCAUUUCGGUGAUUACGUCAACCCGUUCCUAACCAACUUGACGGGGUUAGGCGAGACGUGACGGCGAGCGUCAACUUGUGAAAGAAUGAAUUUUUGUGAAUACUACUUUUUUUUCAGAGCACAGAUUUUUUUCACAUUUGAUUUGAUGGUUAGAACAAAUCAAAAGCUAAGCAGUGGUAAUUAAGACCACGAGUGCAAAUAGGUUAAUCAUGAAGCAAUUAUUGUGGGUACAUGUGUUUGCUGCAUGGUUAGGUUGUGAAAAAGAGAUGCAAGCAUUCCCUAACCAAUCACCCUUUAGCAUAUUUUCAUUUUGCUCUGUAUCAACGGUUUGAAAAUGCGACAAUUGUGUUAUCGAUAUAAA